CACAAUACAUUCAAUCCAUUUCCUAUGUCGUCAGCCUCAAGAUAAUGAACUGAUAUUUUCAGAAACCCCUCCACCACUGCAUCCACCCAGACACCGUAAUGUGCAACCAUCCCCUUUCCGUCCUGCGUAGACAUGAACAUUGUCUUCCCCACCCCUCUACCCCGAAUAAAACCUAGAGAAUAAUUACAUAAAACCUCGUCUCGCAUUCAAGCGCCUAUGCUCAGCCUCCCACUCCCGACGCAGUGCCUUCAUCUUCGCUUCGUUCUCAGCCGUUGCCUUCGUGUACUUGCCAUUGCUUCCCGCAAAUUCCCGUCCAUCGCCGUCAUUUCCUGGACGAACUCCUCCUCUAGUUCUUUGAUCCUGGCUUCGGCAUCGGCCAAUUCCUUCCUGUACGCUGCGUUGGCCUUUUGCUGCGAGGCGUCUAGUUCUGCCAUUUGCUUCUCGAAGUCGUCGCCCAACAUAUUGGGUGUUGUGUUGUGUGCCCCUUGGUUUCAACGUAUCCAAAGACUUUUAUCUCAAUUAGAUGCCACCUCUCACAGAAAUAACUCCUGAAUCAAUUGAUGAAUUGGUACGUGUGAAGGCUGUUGGCAAAAUAGAGGGACCGGAUAGAGUUUGUGAUGCCUUGUUGCUGCUAGGGUAGUUUUCGAGAUGGAAAUUGCCAAAACUGGCACCAAUAGUCGUAGCCAACAUAUUUCGAAUCCAUGGGUUUGGUGACGAGAUGACUUAUGGUCGUGAAGUUUUA